GGCAGUCGAAACAUUUAAAAUGGGCGGAAUAAAAUAUAACGGAGUUUUCUUACUGAUGGUCCUUCAAAUAUUCUUGGUGGCUAAAACAACUGGAGAUGAAACGUGUGAAGACCGAAAAAUGGAAGAACAGUGCCGGCUUCAUAACUACAAGACUGUGAAACCUUUGCUAGAUUACUUCAGGCAGGUUAGAAAUGAGUUAGAACAAAGUGAAACUAAGGAAAAGCAGAUAAGUGAAUUAAAUUCUGAUCUUAUGGAAAAAUAUCAUGAAAUUGUAAAAAUUCAUGAAACAUUCAAGAAGGAGGCAGCUCUAUUAAAUGAGUAUAAAAAAAAAGUAAUCAAAGGGGAAAACGAUUUGCAAUUGUGUCAAAAUAAGGUUGAUAAAUCUGAAUCUGGAAUUAAUUCACAACAAAAUAUUAUUCUUAAAUUAGAAAAACAACUAUUAGAUAAAUCCACCAACUUAGAAAAUUGUCAAGUUCAAUUAAAAUCUCUUAAUUCUAGAUUAAUUGAAAAAGAUGAAAAUAUAAAGAGAUUGAGUGAGAAUAUUAAAAAUAAAACAGAACAUCAGAAAACACUUGAGUUGGAAUUAGAGAAGAGUAAAUCUAUAUUAAUAAAGCAUGAAAAAGAUAAACAGUUAUGUCGUUCAGAAAUUAACAAAUUAAAUACGACAUCAGAGAAUAUUAGAGAAGAACAGAAAAAUAUUCAAUUGAAAUUAAAAGAAAGUGAAACUAAGCUAAUAGAUAAAGUAAAGGAUAAUCAGUUAUGUCAAUAUGAACUUGAUAAAUUAAGUUCCACAUGCAUCCCUUUCGGAGAAAAUCCAGGAAUUCAUCAACUCAAUGUCUCUGGCAUAGGUUUAUUCAAUGUUUUGUGCGAUAGUCAGUUAGCUGGACCUGGAUGGAUUGCAAUACAACAACGAGUUGGGGGAAAUGAGAGUUUCGAUAGGGAUUGGGCAACGUUUCGCAAAGGAUUCGGUUCUUUUGAAAGAUACAUCGUAUCACGAGCUUGCAGCGUUUCGAACUUUACAUACAUUUGGUUGCUCUGAAUGGAAGUACCUACAACGCUCGUUAUGACGACUUUAAAAUAUCUGAUGAAGAUAAUGGAUAUGCACUGAGUUUGGGUAAAUUUAAUGGAACUGUUUUGGAUAGCAUGAGAGACAGUGAAAACAUGAAAUUCACAACAUUCGAUCACGACAACGACAAAGUUGAUUAUCGUAAUUGCGCAUUCUUCUAUAAAAGUGGCGGGUGGUACAAUUAUUGGUCUCCUUGUAAUUUAAAUGCACCAGUUCCAUAUUGGUGGAGCAAUAAGUUCAUUUACUUUAAAGAAGUUAAGAUGCUAAUUCGUCCCAACGAAGCGAUGAAGAAGUGAUAAACUGAAAAGCUGAAAUUCCCAUAUUUGACUCAAUUAUGUAAUCAUUUAUAUAUAAUUGGUGCAUUAAGAAAUUGCGUUCUGAAAAAUAAAUCGAUCGACUAUUUAAUGCAGCGAUUUAAUUU